AUCCUCCCCCCUGUUCCUCCCACGUGAUAACUUCGACGAGCCGGUAGCCGGCAACUGGUGUUACCUUAGUUCUGUUAUUGAACGGGACAGUAUUUUCCCUCAAAUGUCGAGCCUCAAAGACAAAGUUGCGCUAAUUACUGGUGCUUCGUCGGGGAUCGGCGAAGGGACAGCUGUCCACUUUGCUUCACUUGGCUGUUCUGUAGCACUGUGUGGUCGCAAUGUCACUGCACUGGACGCCGUAGCAAAAAGGUGCUGCGAGAGUGGAUUGCCCAAGGACAAGGUCCUAACUGUAGUGGGAGACCUUGCCGAAGAGGAAGGCGCAAAAGCCGCUGUGAGCAAGGCUCUACAGUAUUUCGGGAGACUCGACAUCCUUGUAAAUAGCGCGGGCAUCCUGAAAAAUGGCACCACCGAGAACACCCCACUGGAUGUCUACGACCAGAUUAUGAACAUCAACUUGCGCAGUGCCUUUCAUAUGAUGCAGCUAGCAAUUCCACACAUACGCAAAACUAAAGGAACCAUCGUAAACGUAUCUAGUGUCACUGGCCUGCGUGCGUUUCCCGGUGUAAUGGCGUACAAUGUCAGCAAGGCCGGCUUGGAUCAACUGACGAGAACAGCUGCACUUGAACUGGCUCCCGACGGAGUUCGCGUCAACGCUGUAAACCCUGGUGUCAUUGUCACGGAUGUGCACAAGCGUGGCGGUAUGAGUGAAGACGACUAUGCCAAGUUCUUGGAACACAGCAAGACAACUCAUGCCCUGGGACGAGUAGGAAGAGUCAGUGAAGUGGCCAAGACCAUAGCGUUUCUCGCCUCGGACGAUGCCUCCUUUAUCACGGGCCAGACGUUAGCAGUGGACGGUGGACGCAGUGUUAUGUGUCCACGAUGAAGUGCUGUAACAGCGUGCCAAGUGAACUACUGCAAACUAUCGCAGUUCCCACAAACUUUUUUUUUUCUAGCAAAUUUUGUAACCAUUAUCUUAAUAAAAACAGAUAUACCCAGG